AUGCUGCAUUUAAUUAAGGAAACUGCUCUAGUUCUCCAUACUUCCAAUAUUACAUAUAUCCUAGGUACGCUUAUCAUAGCUGGGUUUGUUUCAGUUUAUGUAAUUGUCAUUCUUUUAUCCCAUUCACCUAGAAAGGCACAUCCUGAAGAAUUAAAAUAUACAACAUGCGAUGAAAACGGAGAUCUAAUAACAGACGAUUUACCUAGUUCUCCUGCAGAUGGAAUUAUACUCUCAGUGGUAGUCCCCAGCUAUAAUGAAACUGGAAGAAUACUGGCGAUGUUAACGGAUGCAAUUGAGUUUCUACAGAAGGCUCUUCCGGAGCAAUGGGAAAUCUUAAUCGUUGAUGAUGGUUCUUCAGAUGGAACUUCCGAUUAUUGUUUGAGACUGUCACAUGAAAUAUUUAAAUUAAAGGCAAACCAAUUGCGUGUCCUCAAAUUUACUGAAAAUAGAGGUAAAGGGGGUGCUGUAAGACAAGGUUUGUUACAUAUCCGUGGUAAAUAUGGUCUUUUUGCUGAUGCAGAUGGUGCAAGUAAAUUUAAUGACGCACAAUCCUUGCUAGAUAAUAUUAAAGAAAUGGAAAAGUCUACGAUCAAAGGUGAAAUAUACCCAACAAUGGCAAUUGGUUCUAGAGCACAUAUGGUUAAUACUGCAGCUGUCAUUAAGAGAUCGUUCAUUAGAAAUUGUCUAAUGUAUGGUUUUCAUACUCUAGUUUGGGUAUUUGGUAUCCAUUCUAUAAAUGAUACACAAUGUGGGUUUAAGAUGUUCAAUAGAGAAGCCAUCGAUGAAAUUUUCCCAUAUUUACACACAGAAGGUUGGAUUUUUGAUAUUGAAAUAUUGUUAUUAGGUAUUAUUAAAAAUAUUAAAUUCAAAGAAAUUCCAGUCUCCUGGCAUGAAGUGGGUGGUUCAAAGAUGGACUUGGCCAUCGAUAGUUUGAAAAUGGCAAAGGAUUUAGUUAUCAUUAGAAUGGCAUAUAUUUUAGGUAUUUAUAACGCGAAUAAAGAAUGUUAA